AUGGUUUUCUCUCCUCCUCCCUCGGGCAUCUACGUNCCCCGUACGUUCAUCUUCAGCCCCGCCAAACGACGCUUCGUGACAUUGACAAGCUUGCAGGUGCCCACCUUNUUCGCUUCUCAGUCAGCAUCCAACUAUGACCCUGUCAACAACCCUCUAGAUCUCGAGACUCAAACCAAACACUCCCUUUUCCUCGUCAAGGGUGGAGUCCGUGGUCUUGUCAUUCUCGGUUCUACUGGAGAAGCCAUUCACCUCACCAACAAGGAACGUAACGAGCUCAUCACCAGCCAGCGCAAGGAGCUUGACAAUGCCGGUUACAAGGACAGACCUAUCAUUGCCGGGACUGCCACACAAAAUGUCGAGGAGACUCUAAUACAGCUCGAGGAUGCCAANAAGGCUGGUGCUGAGUACGGCAUGGUACUCACACCUGGUUACUUCGCUUCGGCCGCCAGCCAGCAGGGUAUUGCCAAGUGGUUCGAGGCAGUAGCUGACAAGAGUCCCAUUCCCAUCAUGAUGUACGUAUGGUUGCAGCCUCACACGUUUCCUGCCAGCACUGACGCCUGA